UGUAGUGCCGGCGGCGCCCGGCAGGUGUCAGUGUUCCGGCGCUCUGCGGCAGCGGCGCUCACGGACAGCGGAAGCAGCAGCGCGUUGUUGAGAGCGGCGUGUGUUCGGUGACGGUGAUGAUGAUGAUGAUGGACCCGCUGGACGCGGUUCUGGAUGAGGUGGCGCUGGAGGGUCUGGACGGCAUCAGUAUUCAGACCCUCUGGUUGCGGCUGCGGAGUCGACAGCCCGAGUUCGGGUUGAAUCUGGAUCCGCUCAGUCAGCAGUUCAUCUGGACCUGCGUGAGCCGAACCGACGAGAUCCGCUUCUACCUGCUGCCGGAGAACCGGAGAACCGUUACCAUACACGACCGGUUCGUGGAGGUGGACCGGAACACCGGCAUCCAUGAGAUGCGUCAGGCCGAGCCGCAGGACGUGUACCCGGUGAGCGUGGUGACGGACGACCCGACCGGCGUUCAGGGCUCCUGUCUGUUCUUCAAGGAGCGCGUGGACGUGAGCGAUCAGAUCCGGAGCGCUGAUCUCAGAGCGCUGCUGACGCUGGAGCAGGUCCAGACCCGGUGGGGCGAGAGGCUGGUGAUGGUGGCGUCGCAGGAGGUGCGUUACCGCGCUCUGAUCGGACCCGAGGGAAACCCGGAGCUCAAGCUGCCCGAUCUGUGCUACUGCAUCCUGGAGAGACUGGGCCGCGCGCGCUGGCAGGGGGAACUGCAGAGAGACCUGCACACGCGCAUCUUCAGAAUGGAUGCGGGUAAGAUGCAUUACCUGAGGAGGAAGCUGGACAGGAACGGGCUGAUCACGCUGCAGUCACACGUGGCUCGACUGCCGUCCGGAGCCCAACAACACUCGCUGCUGCUGCUGCUCAAGCGCUUCCACGUGGACAGGAGGAGCAAGUAUGACAUCCUGAUGGAGUCCACGUCCAACAUCCUGUGUGAGCUGCCUGACAAGAUCGGCAUCAUGAUGAAGCUCCGUGAGCAGCUGCGUGUGAGCGAGCGCACGUUCAAGCGCGUGUAUCAGUACAUGUCCGCCGCUAAGAUGGUGAGUGUGGUGAGGAUCCCUCUGAAGGAGCUCGACCCAGGCGGAGGACCCUUCAAAACGCUACGAGGCACCGACGUGUUCGUGCGCUGUCUGAAGCUGCUGAAGCCGUACGGACAGAAGGAGGCGGAGGAGGAUGAGGACGACGAGAACAAUGACGAAGACGGCGACGUGUCCGGCAAGAGGAGCGUCCUCGCCGAGCCGCGCAUCAUCGAGCGUGACGUGCUCACACAAGCCUACGACAUCGUGGUGUCGACCGGGACCAGAGGGAUCUCUCAGUCGGCGCUGCGAGGGCGACUCAACAUCGGGAAACUGGAGGGACGAAUGAUCUGCAGAUUACUGGAGCGAAUCAACAUGAUCAAGGGCUUCAUGGAGGACGAGGGCCGGCAGAGGACCACCAAAUACAUCAGCAAGCUCUUUGUGGAGCAGAGCCAGCUCAACCAGCAGUUCACCAAAGAGCGCCAGCGCAGCCAGCACCUGCGCGUCACACACCUCACCGAACCUGAGCCUCAGAGACGUCCGGAGCCAGAGCCGCCCGCCAGGGCCACCGAACAGGACCGGCAGGAACAGGAAGCGAAGGAAACACAGCAGAAAACCCACGUGCCCCUGCAGCUCAAACAGUCCAAACUCAGCUUCAGCAAACAGGCCACGCCCCUCAAAAAGAAGCCGUCGGCGCGAGCGGGCGGAGCCAAAGCCUCUCAGAAGCCUGAGGUUGGACAGAAUGCGGAAGCCGCCGACCCUGCCCCCGCCCCCAGCACGAGCGCCAGCCAAUCGCAGCAGCCGGUGAUCGUGGAGGUGCUGACAGAGAAGUCGAAGAAGGUGGAGGUGCACGAGACGUAUCGAUUGCUGAAACGCAAGAACAUGAUCAUCGAGGCCGUGCGCUGCAGCAAGAUCAUCGAGGGCUUUUACACGCUGCAGAAGCUGCUGACGGAGGAGGAGAAGAAGGACGGCAUCAACACUAAAGUGUGUAAGAAGAGUGUGGUGAGGCUGAUCCGCUCGCUGUCUCGAGAGGGCUUACUCAAACUCUACCGCACCAUCGUCAUACAGGACGGGGUACAGAAGAAGGUGGAGUUUGUGGUUCACCCGUCUGUGACGCCCGACGAUCCGCUGGUCAAAAGCGCCAUAGAGCAGAUCCGCCUGCGCAUGUCCAGCUCUGCCUCUGCUGCCCGCGUUGAGCCACCGCCUGAGAAAGUGAAGCCCAGCGCGCCGGAGGGGAAGGAGAACAAAGCGUCUCGUGCGUCUCAGAGCAGCGGCCUGAAGAAAGUGUCAGAGCAGAUGGGCGUCAAAACGCUGAAGUCCUUCAAGCCGGUGCUUGUUCCAGGACUCGGCCGCUCCAUGGGUUUCCUGCCCAAGAUGCCCCGCCUGCGCGUGGUUCACUCCUUCCUGUGGUACCUGAUUCACGGACAUCCGCUCAGACGAUCCGAUCCUGCCGAGCCGCUUCCUGAAGCUCCGCCGACGGAGGGAGACGCCGGUGCGAAUGAAGGCCAGUUCAGGGUGUAUGUGAAGGAGAAUAACUGGAAGAGGUACGUCCCUCCCAUCCCGCUGCACAAGGACUUCGGCUACGGAUGGGCCCUCAUCAGUGAUGUGCUGGUGUCUCUGCCGCUCAGCAUCUUCAUGCAGGUCGUCCAGGUCAACUAUCAGGUUGAGGGUUUGGAUCAGUACCUGAAAGAUCCAGUGAAGCAGCAUUUUCUGAUCCGAUUCCUGCCUGCUGAGAUGAAACGACAACUGCUACACAGGAGGAAAUACAUCUUCAGUUUCCACGAGAGUCUGCAGAGGUUGUGUUUCAUGGGUUUGCUGCAGUUCGGCCCCACUGAGAAGUUCAUGGAUAAAGAUCAGGUGUUUGUUUUCCUGAAGACGAAGGCCAUGAUCGUGGAUACGACGGUGUGCGACCCGCACUAUAACAUGGCCAUCGAGACCAUUCGUCCGUUCGAGAGGAGACGCUACGUGUUCAGCAGCGCACAGGAUGUGGAGAACUACUGGUUCGACCUGCUGUGUGUGUGUCUCAACACUCCUCUAGGUGUAAUCCGGCCUCGUCCUAGCGAAGCUGCAGCGGAGACGGAGGAGUCUGAUGGGGCCAUGACAAUUGAGCGCAACACCAGGCUGCUUUAUACCUUACAGGGCAGUUGUGACGUGGUGGAUGAUGGCGUUACCCCCGGCGACGGGCAGGGUGCUGGCGGACUGGACUCGUCCUUCUUCAGCCACCUGAAACGCAACUGGACGUGGACCAGUCACCUGAUCAACCCCAGCAAACAGAGCACUGAAGAUUCAGGAACCCAUCAUACGGUCAGACUGAGGAACCUGCUGUCCAAACACCCACUGCCCAAACCGGCCACGCUCACCGCGGCUCAGAGCGGAGCGAAGGCGGCGCCCCCUGCUGUCCUGGAGGAGGAGGUGCGCACGAGCUCAGAGCCGUCCAGCAGAAACCAGGAGGUGCGCGGAGGACGAAACCUCAAACGCAAGAGAGAGAAGAAAGAGAGCAGCAAACCGGCCCGCAAGAAGAAGAGAGCGCGCACGGGUAGACAGAGCCAGGCUCAGGACGAGACGGACCGCCGUGCUCUCCUGCAGAUGACCAGACAGAGAGUCACCUGGACGCACAUGGAGGACAGCCUGCUGAUGCUGUGCCGCGUCGCCAGCCACUUCCUCAACCGGAAGCUGAAGAGGCCGUUCGUGCCCUGGACGGUGGUCCGUGACGUGCUGCACGCUGAGUUUGAGUUAUCGCUGGAUAAAACAUCUCUGUCUGUCGGCCGACGCUCACGGUACAUCAUGAAGAACCCGCAGACCUGCCUGAACUACAGGAUUUGUCUGGCUGAGAUGUAUCAGGAUAAAGAGCUGAUGGUCAAAUUCAUGAACCGGACUGACGACUAUAAUGAUGCGAAGGUGUGUGCUACGGAGUAUAAGGAGUUUGUUCGUGCUCUGAGGUCAAAGUUCAGCUCCAGCUAUGGCUCCAGUGAUGUCAUCAUACCAGACACCAGAGAGCAGCUCUUCAACAAAUUCAAGGUGUUCACAAUUGGAGACGGAUCACCUGAGCGCACUAAAGACAUCAUGAAGAGGAAGGAGGACAUUCAUGUUCUGGUGCUGUUUAAUUUGAUUCAGAGCACACUAGUGCUCACCAACGCCCAGAUGAAGAACUACAGGCCCUUCCAGACGUUCUGUCUGUACACGCACUACAGGGAGGAGGUUUUGUCUCAGGCCUUUCAGACGUGUCGUAAUCGUGCGCUAGUGAACCGCCGGCGGCCCACGUCCAUCUACGGCCUGAAGAAGUGCCACGCGCUGCCCUUCCUGCCCAUGUCCUACCAGCUCUCACAGCACUACUACAAGUUCUUCACGUGGCGUUUCCCCAGCACCAUCUAUAACGAGGCGUUCGAUCUGUUGACGGGUUUGUACGAGGCCGGCGGCAGCGACAGACCCAACAGCUUCUCCUUCCAGAAGGACACCGAGAACCCAGGAGUCCAGACGGAGACGGACGAGGACGCCGCAGCCGACACCCAGGGCAUGCUGCAGUUCCCCAUGGACGCUCCAGGGGGCGCCAGCGCCUGCUGCCUCAGCCUCAUGACCCUCGGGCUGCUGUCUGUGGAUGUCAGUAUCCCGCAGCAGAUCGUGGUGGUGGACAGCACGCUUAUGGACAGUGAAGUGGUCAAGAGCCUCACUAAAGCGCUGGAGGAGGAAGAUGACGAGGAGGAUGAUGAUAGGAAGAGGAGGCUGGAGAUCAAACCCACUCAGGCGUCUCACACUAAUUACCUGCUGAUGAGGGGAUAUUACGCACCCGGAGUCCUGCGCUCACAGACGCACAACUCCAACAGCACCGACAGCAUCAUGGUCAACACCUGCACCGUCCACCUGCGGCUGAGACAGACGCCUGGACACACACUCUUCAACGGCAUCAACGGCGCUGCCGCCGUCUCAGCGCUGUCUCCGUCCACUUCUCCGUCUCUCCCGCUGUCCUUCACGCGUGUGUAUCGCUCGGAUCCCGUCGAUCCGCAGACGUUCCUGGAUCGCUGUGUGAGCGCGUUGGGAUACGGAGCGCAGGACGUGCAGGCGGUGACGGAAAUCAGACGUGCCGUGGAGGAGGCGGCGGAGUUUGGCGUUGACAGACAGGACUUCUGCGAGCGCUUCUUACACCUGGACCAGCCCGAGAAUGGGCGGAGCAGAACACUCCAGCAGUACAUACAGGAUCUGGUGGACGAGGAGCAGCUGGUGGAGGUGGGCGCUCUCUCUCAGAGGCUGGUGUGUGCGGACGCCGCGUCUCAUUGGCUGUUACAGAGCAGGUGUGAUAGUGGGCAGAUGCAGCAUGCGUCCCCAAAGAGAGGCCCCGCCCUUGACUCCGCCCACGACACACCCCCACCUGCUAAGAGACGGGCUAUGGAAUCAGAUUUACAGGAGUCCGUCGCUGUGGAUCCCGUCUCCACGGACACAGCUGUCAAUCAAACUGUCACCACGGAACCUGUCUCAACAGACACAUCUGUCAGUCAGACUGUUGCCAUGGAUCCUGCUUCCACAAGCACAGCUGUCAGUCAGACCAUCUCCACGGACACAGCUGAGAGUCAGCCUGUUUCCAUAGAGACGGAUGCUGAGCAGACGGUUGCCAACAAUAAAGAUGACGGAGGCUCAGAACAGCAUAUGUCAGAUGGCAAAGAGGCGGAGCUUACCACAGACUCCGCCCCCUCUCAUAUUAAAGAUGGAGCUGAAGGAGCUGCUGAUCAGGACACACACGAGUCGGUGCGGUUCGUCAUCCGGCCGUGGCGUGUGGUGGACGGCUCGCUCAAUCGUCCCGUGUGUAAAGGCAUGCUGGAGUCGCUGCUGCUGCACAUCAUGUCCAGUCCGGCGCUGCGCGAGUCUCAGCUGCUGCAGCAUUACAGUCAGGUGCUGCAGCCCGUCGUGGUCCUGGACCUGCUGCAGGUUCUGGUGGAUCUCGGCUGCGUGAGGAAGCGCUACACCGUCCAGCAGCACAAACCGUCGCUCUUCUCCAAGCCCAGAGCGCCGCAGGUCAAAGGUCAGGCCGAGGUCGGUCUGCGGGACGCGGGGACGGCGUUCUACGAGCCCACGGUGGACUGCGUGCUCAGGCUGGCGCGGGUCUUUCCUCACGAGCUCAACUGGAACAAAUGGGUCCAGCUGUGUUUGCGCGCAUGAUGCUAUUUAUGUUUUAAUAUGAUCCGCUUCUGUUGCACAAAAUAAAGACACCUUUCCAUGUA